GGGAUAAAUGGUACUGACCAGGGAAACUCGAUAUCAGCUCCGCGGUGCGGGUAACCCAAACCUGGAGACGCCUGGCAAACUUCUUAAAGCGACGCUUAAGAUGUUUUAAAGCCAGGAAGUCCCCAGUUUUAAAGGCUCGGAAGUUAAGAAUAGCGUGUGGGAGAGGCGAAGGUUUGGAGGGGGUGUGCCGAGGGAGGACUUAUCCGAGAAGGCCCACGCCAGGAGUCCGCGAUGUUGGGCGGAGCCUGUCGCACCUGCUUCCGCCAGCUCGCCCAGCGCCAGGCCGCUACAGGCGCGGUCAGACUGGGGGCGGCCGCCAACAUUGCUACGCCUGGCAUCAGGAUAACGGCCCAGAGAUGCCUUGGGAUGGAGAGUGUUGCGGCGAUGGGGGCGGGGGCAGCCGUGCUGGGCGGGGUGCUCAUGAGGAACCGGCCUCGCCCUGUCACGCCACCUUGCGAUCUCAGCAUGCAAUCCCGCGAAGUGCCUGGCACGGGAGGAGGACGCAUCCCGGCGUACUUAGAGGGGGACAAGCUGGUGGAAUCUUGCUAUGACGGCAUGCAGACUCUGCACGAUGUCUUCAAGCGGGGAGCGAUGGUUUCAAACAAUGGUCCGUGUCUGGGGUGGAGACCGGGACCAAACAAGCCUUAUGAAUGGGUCACAUACAACGAGGUAUUGGACCGUGCCGCCCACUUCGGGUCAGGUCUGAUCGCCCUGGGCUGUAAACCCAACCAGACAAGCUUCGUGGGGAUCUUCUCACAGAACAGAGUGGAGUACGUUGUUGCAGACCAGGCAUCUAACAUGUUCUCCAUGGUGACUGUACCCAUGUACGCCACUCUGGGAAGGAGUGCCCUCAGGUUCAUCAUCAACCAGGCCCAACUGGAGACUGUCCUCUGUGACGAGGAGUCCAAGGUCAUGCUCCUGCUGACCUUCAUCAGUAACAACCAGGUGUCCUCUGUCAAGAGGAUCAUCACCACUGAGGUCAUGGCCGAUGAGGUCAUCCUCAUGGCGGAACGUCAUGGCGUGCAGAUGUUGGCCUUCAACGAAGUUGUGCGAUUGGGGCAGCAGCAACCACACGACCAAGUACUACCCAGCCCUGAUGACUUGGCUACAAUCUACUACACCAGUGGAACAACGGGUGACCCAAAGGGAGCCAUGUUAACUCAUCGCAACCAGAUAGCUGAACUGGGAGGUGCUGUGGGGCAUUUCCAGGACACCAUCAAGUUCUGUCCAGAUGAUGUAUACAUCUCGUACCUUCCUUUGGCCCAUGUGAUAGAGAGAAUCAUGCAGCUGUACCUCUUCACACACGGCGCCAGUAUUGGGUUCUUCCGUGGUGAUGUGAAGGACCUGAUGAGUGACAUCCAGGCUCUCCAGCCCACCUGUAUGGCUACGGUGCCACGGGUGCUCAUCAGGAUACAUGAUGCGGUUAUGGCAAAAGUACAGCACAGUUCUCUGAAGAAACGUCUGUUAAGAGCUGCACUUCAGUCAAAGGAAAAGCAACUGGUGAAGGGAAUCCUUAGAAGUGACACCAUUUGGGACAAGUUGUUGCUGAAGAAAGUCCAGGAUCAGCUGGGUGGAAGGGUGAGACUGAUGUUCGUGGCAGGGGCUCCCAUCUCUGGGAAGAUCCUUACCUUCACCAGAUGUGCCUUCGGUGCCAGUGUGUUUGAAGGUUAUGGCCAGACGGAAGUUUCAGGAUCAGGAACAUUCACUAUUCCAGGGGAUAACUCAAUCGGUCAUGUUGGAACACCGUUAGGCUGUAACCUGGUUAAGCUGGUGGACGUGCCUGACAUGAACUACUUCACAGAGGACAAACAGGGAGAAGUGUGCUUCAAGGGACCAAAUGUCUUUAAGGGCUACCUUAACGACAAGAAGAACACGGAUGAGACUAUUGACGAUGAUGGUUGGGUGCACUCUGGUGACAUCGGCAUGUGGUUACCUAAUGGCACUCUGAGAGUGAUUGACAGAAAGAAGAGCAUCUUCAAGCUGGCACAGGGUGAAUACGUGGCUCCAGAGAAGGUGGAAAUGGUGUACAACACAUGUCCUCAGGUCGCACAGAGCUUUGUGUAUGGGGACAGUCUGAAGGCAGUUCUGGUGGGAAUCAUUGUGCCAGACCCUGAUGUUCUGACAACAUGGGCCUCAGCGAAGGGGAUUGGUGGCCACAUUGACGCCCUCUGCCAGAAUGAGGAAGUUAAAAGUGCCAUCUUCCACAAAAUCUGCACCCUGGGUGAUCAGGCAGGUCUCAUGGGCUUUGAACAGGUGAAGGACAUCUACCUCUGCCCAGACCAGUUCACUGUGGAGAACGGGCUGGUCACGCCGACCUUCAAACUGAAGCGGAGCCAGCUGAAGGACGCAUUCCAGACACAGAUAGUAGACAUGUACCACCGACUGGACCUGGCCACGGAAAAUAACAACAACGCUGCCAACAACAUCAACAUGAACAUCCCUAACAACGUGGAUCUCAAACAGGGACAGUAGUGGACUUUCUAUGGUUGUUCUUCACAUCAGGCCAUUUCCAAACGUACUUCACAAAACAUUGCUGAGUUAAGUCUACAAAUGCCGUAUGGAGGGAUGGUAUUUUGUCAGUUCGUUAACUGACCUCCAAAAACUUGUGCCUCUGGGUGUUUUACUGUGAAUCCUUAAAGGUGUUUGCUUUUGUAUAUUCCAGGGUAGACUCCAGGGUGGACUGUAUCUCUAUGACUGAUGAAAAUGAUGAUGAUCCCUUUAUAAUUACAGUGAUGUUAAUGACAAUAUGUAUAAGGAUAUGCGUGCAUGUGGGUUAGUUGAAGCUGGUGUCAGAGUCAGAGACAGGAGGAAGAAGGCACAAGAGACUGAGGGAAAAAGACAAAGGGAAAGUUAGCAUUAAUUUCUGUGGUAUGAAAAGUAACACAAAGAAGUGAAUAUCGAUGUGGGUUUGAUUUUUAAACUGUGUAAAAAAGGUGAACAACAGAAGGUUGUGAAGGAGUUUAAGAGAAGGUUGAAAGAUUUAAAAGGGUCUGGAUGAGGUUUGUUGCAGAUGAAUGUGAGAGAGGAAGAGUAAUCUAUCAUUCAAUAAUGAAUGACGCAUAGUUGGAAGGAUUUUUGUUGGUCCAAAUAAGAUGCUUGCAUUGCAAGUGAAAAAAUGAGAAGAACAGCACUUUGACAAGAUAACAUGAACUAAGGGUAACACACUUGUUCCUAUAAUGGUGAAAAUUGUCAUCACUAAAGAAGGGAAACUGUUCUAUUUUCUCAAUCAUGUUGAGGUGUAUUCAGACUUGUCAAGUUUAUUGCAUGAUGUGAAGUUUCAUUUAAGUCUGUACAUAGCAAGGUCUUACAGCUUGUGUGAAAAUAGAUUUUUUAAUGUUAUGAAUAGAAUCAUGUCUGACUCUAAGCUUUUUUUACAUGCGGAUCUACCUUAUUCCUUAUCUAAAGAAGCCACAGAGGUGACUUCUAUGCAAAAAGUACUGUUUAAACUGCUGCAUUACAAAAGAUGUAAAUGAUAAUUUUUCCUUUCAAUGUCAGAUGGCAGAGAAAUUCUGGCACUAUACAUAUUUAUAAAGACAGGAAUACAGCACCAUUUUAUAAUUACUAGCCAAGGUAAAUAGAAUACAUCAUAGUGAAGGACCAUCAAAAGGUUACAGCUAUGAUAUUGUUCCAUUACCAGCUUAUUGCAACAUUAUGUCCAAGCUAUCAUGACUUUUGAUUGUAUGUCUUUGUAAAUAUCUUGUGGCAUAUUUCAAUAAAUAUGUCAGUUUGUACCACUAA